AUGGUGCAUCUACUAAGUGGAAAAAAGGGUACUCCAUCAGAAGACUUCAUUGUCCCUGCGCCACCUUCAGUGAAAACAACAAGCCGAUACUUUGGAUGUUGUUGUAGUCCGUCACGUGUAUUUAAAGUAUUUAAGUUUGCUAUUCAAGAAUGGGUAUUUCUUGCUUUACUUGGUCUAAUUAUGGCUGUAUUUUCACUAUUAAUGGACAUGGCAAUUUCUGCAUUACAAGAAGGACAAAUGACACUGUAUCGACAUUUCCGAGACGAUGAAACAUGGGUGGUUCCAUUUAUGGUAUGGUCAUUUUAUGGUAUGGUAGUGGUAAUCGCAUCCGCUUUAGCUGCACAUUUUAUAGCUCCACAAGCUAUAGGUUCCGGAAUACCAGAAAUGAAGACCGUGUUACGAGGAGUAAUUCUAAAAGAAUAUCUGACUAUACGAACCCUUGUUUCGAAAAUGAUCGCUCUUUCUUUAGCAAUCGGAAGUGGUCUUCCGGUCGGAAAGGAAGGGCCUUUUGUACAUAUUGCAUCCGUAGUGGCCAGUCAACUUAGUCGUUUUGUUCAUGGAUCUGAGAGUUUAUUUGAAAAUGAAUCAAGAGCAAACGAAAUGUUGGCCGCUGGUUGUGCUGUCGGUGUCGCUUGCACAUUUAGUGCACCAGUAGGAGGAGUGUUGUUUUCGAUAGAAGUAACUGCCGUUUAUUUUGCUGUGAGAAGUUAUUGGCGUGGUUUUUUUGCCGCCACCUGCAGUGCCACAUUGUUCAGUGUUUUACGAGGUUUGCGAAAGGGAACCCCAUCAGCAUGGAGCGAUUUGCUUGCCCUGUCUGUUGGAGCUCAUUAUCAGACCACAUUUUCACUGACCAACGCUUUCACCUCAUCCGAACUAAUUUUUGUUGCUGCAAUAGGGUUAAUAUGUGGCAUAACUGGUGCUUUAUUCGUCUUUAUUCAUCGUACUGUUGUUUUAUUUCUCAGAAAGAACAAAUACAUCAAGAUUGUCCUGCAAAAAUACUGGCUCGUUUAUCCUGCUGUGGUCUCGUUUCUUAUCUCAGCAUGUAUGUAUCCACUUGGAGCUGGAAGGUAUUUAGGCGGGGAGCAAGCAUUCAGUCACACACUGAACGAUUUCUUCGUUAACUGUUCAUGGCUAGAAGAUACGAACAAUUCUUACGGUUGUGGUCCUGGAGUGAAUUUCUCACGAGCAAAUUGGGCUGGUCCUAACAAUGAAAUCAACAUUUUCCAUUCUCUUAUUGCUUUUCAAGUUGCGUUUUUCUUUCUUUCUAUCGCCGCCUCAACACUUCCGAUUGCAGCUGGAAUAUUUAUGCCGGUCUUUGUAAUAGGAGGCGCAUUCGGACGCUUUGUAGGCGAACUGUUGCGAUUAUGGUAUCCCAAUGGAGUCAUAGAUGGUGUGCUAGCAACUCGUGUAGAUCCUGGCAUCUAUGCUGUUGUUGGUGCUGCAGCAUUCUGUGGCUCAGUCACACAUACGGUAUCUGUGGCGGUGAUAGUAUUUGAGUUAACAGGACAACUCGUACUUUUGAUACCUGUUAUGAUUGCUGUUCUUAUAUCGAAUGCAGUGUGCUCUUAUUUACAACCAUCGUUCUACGACAGUGUCAUCAAAAUAAAACAUCUUCCAUAUUUGCCGGAUAUCUCGCAAAGCUCUUCGAUGUACCAUUCCCUUACUGCUGAACAAUUUAUGACAUCUCCAGCUGCAUACAUUGCAAAGGAUUCAACGUAUGCUGAGCUACAGACUCUCAUUUAUGCAAUGACUCAUGUACGAGCUUUCCCACUUGUGGAAAACAAAACGUCGAUGGUUUUGACUGGAUCGAUCAGUCGAUCCCACCUCUUCAAACUACUCCAGGCGAAUGUCGGUGUGAAGGCAAGACAAGCGGAAGCUGCCGAACGUAUACGUCGAGCAAUUCGAGAAGUCAGCGAACGAUAUCACGUCCCAUCAAACGCGAGACUAACAAACAACAUAACAUACAACAAAUCAAACAAUAUGAUGUCAAUGGGCAUGAAACGGUCUCCUCAACGAUUUACUGUUGUGUCUGUCGAAAACAGUCCGGGAUCGUCUGGUGAAAUCUCCAAAUCCUCUGUAGCUUUUGACAACAACUUGCUAUCUGUUCCCGAUCAUUCCUCUUUUCCAAAGGCUUCAAAUGACACAAUGGAUGUCUUUUCCUUCAGACAUAAUGCCAAAAUAUGGCCUACCGAAUGGAUGAGCAAGUUUCCGGUGCUAAAAACGGAAUCCUCUCGCGAAAGAAGCCAAACAUGUCCGACUAUUUUGGCAAUGGGUACGAAACGUAGCAAAUCCUCGAAUCUACUCAGCGAUUCUCUUUCUCCUGAAUUCCAUCAUACAAUCGGAAAUGUUUUCCGUUCAAUAACGAGGGGAAUCGGGAAAAGUAAGAAGGAGACCGACUUUGAUUUACAUGGUGAAGAGCGUGACGAAUGGGAGAAGUCAGUUUUGCAGCAGAAAAUCGACUUUACUAACAUUCAUAUUGAUCCGUCACCUUUUCAAAUGGUGGAAACCACCAGCCUAUUUAAAGUACAUUCCAUUUUCUCUCUGUUGGGAUUAAAACGUGCCUAUGUGACGAAGGCUGGUCGACUCGUUGGAGUGAUCUCAUUAUGCGAUUUGAGACAUGCAAUCGAAAGUUUACAAUCAGGUAAUAUACCAGGAAAAGGCGAAACGAUGACAACAUCAUUGGAGAAAUCGGAAGAUGAAUCGACCGACGAUGUUGAUUAUCUUCAUCCUAAACUCGAAGUUCUCACACGUCCCAACACAUGUGAUGAUUUAUGUGAUCUAUCGGAACGAUCAAUGCAUGUUAAUUCAAAUGAUACCACAAUUCCUGACAACGAACAGAAUGAAACGGAAAAAUCUCGUAGAAUAUCCACAUCCGCAUCAGAACCAUGGCUAGUGGGUUUGAAUGAGAAAGAGAAUCUACCAAAACCUGUGCCCAAGUUUACGCUAGACCUUCCACCGUCCACCAUCGCGGAUGUUAUUUCCAAUGAAGCGGACUCCGCUGAGAUAUCGACUAAUAGAAGCGAUGAGACUGUGCAACGUCGCCGAAGUCCACCGCAUGUUCGAAUCGUCAUUCCUGACGACAAGGUUGAUGAUUCCGAAAUGCGGUAUCUACCAGUGGCAGAAUCAUCUGAUCUUAAGAACAUUCUUUGUGGGAUGGAUGGGACGUUUGAUCGGAUGAAUCACGUUCGAGUUCUCCCUUUCAGCCUCUGA